UCUCUCUUGGCCUGUCUAUCUCUCUCUUUCUGUGGGUUUUUCUUUUUCUCUUUUUUAAUUUAACAAAAAACAGAAAUUCAUUCUCUCUAGAGGAAAAUCCUCGAGAUUGGAGCCCAAACCACAAACAAGGACACCCCUUAAACACUGUUGAGCUAGCAAGGGACUUUUUCCAACUUGGGUUAUUGAGUUUUUGAGAGGAAGAGAAACAGAGUCACAGAGAGAGAGAGAGAGAGGGAGGGAGAGAGAGAGAGAACAGAUACAGCCAUCUGAUGAAGGAGAGAGGAGGCUCUCUUGGCGGAGAGAGCCUGCCCUGCACUGAGAACAACAACAACAACUACAACACCACCCAAGAAGAAGAAGACGAAGAACAGCUAGACCAACAACCAAAACAGCCAAAGCAAACAUCUUUCUGAACUUAUAUUCCUCAUUUUUUGUUGUUGCUCUGCCAAAACAGUGAGCUCAAGGCCAGAGCUUUAUUAGCACACCAUAAAACACUACCUGGGUCGUCUUUGUUGUGACUUGUUUCUUGUCUCUUUGGAGAUUUUUCAUUGGGGGGUUUUCUCUUCUUUUCUUUUUACCCUAUAGCUUUCGUGUGAGGUGGUUCUGUGUUUUGUGCGCAUAUGGCACUUGUUAUGAACAGAGAUUCACCAGGAAGUAGUAGCAAGCAAAUGGAUUCAAGCAAGUAUGUACGGUACACACCAGAGCAGGUUGAGGCCUUGGAGAGAGUCUACUCCGAAUGCCCAAAGCCUAGCUCUUUGAGAAGGCAGCAGCUGAUUAGAGAGUGUCCUAUUCUCUCUAACAUUGAGCCUAAGCAGAUCAAAGUCUGGUUCCAAAACCGCAGAUGCCGGGAGAAGCAGAGGAAGGAAUCUUCUCGACUCCAGACAGUGAAUAGAAAGCUGACUGCAAUGAAUAAGCUGUUAAUGGAAGAAAAUGACCGCCUACAGAAGCAGGUCUCUCAUUUGGUGUAUGAGAAUGGAUUUAUGCGACAGCAACUGCAUAGUGCAUCUGGAACGACCACAGACAAUAGCUGCGAGUCUGUGGUCAUGAGUGGUCAGCACCAACAACAGCAAAACCCAACACCUCAGCAUCCGCAAAGGGAUGCUAACAACCCAGCUGGUCUUCUUGCAAUAGCGGAGGAGACCUUGGCAGAGUUCCUUUCUAAGGCUACCGGAACUGCUGUCGACUGGGUCCAGAUGAUUGGGAUGAAGCCUGGUCCGGAUUCUAUUGGAAUCGUCGCUGUUUCCCGCAACUGCAGUGGGGUAGCAGCACGAGCUUGCGGUCUUGUGAGCCUAGAGCCCACAAAGGUCGCUGAAAUCCUCAAAGAUCGUACAUCAUGGUUUCGGGAUUGCCGUUGCCUUGAUGUAUUAAGUCUAAUCCCUGCUGGAAAUGGUGGGACAAUUGAGCUCACGUACAUGCAGACUUAUGCACCCACAACAUUGGCUGCGGCACGUGACUUUUGGACACUGAGAUAUACUACAAGUUUGGAAGAUGGCAGUCUUGUGGUAUGUGAGAGGUCGUUAACCUCUUCAACUGGUGGCCCAACGGGGCCUCCAUCUGCAAGUUUUGUAAGAGCUGAGAUGCUUCCUAGUGGCUAUCUUAUCCGACCUUGUGAGGGUGGUGGUUCCAUUAUCAACAUUGUUGAUCAUGUUGAUCUAGAUGCCUGGAGUGUUCCUGAAGUUCUCAGGUCCCUUUAUGAAUCAUCCAAAAUCCUUGCUCAGAAAAUGACUAUUUCUGCCCUGCGACACAUACGACAGAUAGCUCAAGAGACUAGUGGAGAAAUUCAGUACGGUGGAGGUCGCCAGCCUGCUGUUCUGAGGACAUUUUGUCAGAGACUCUGCAGAGGGUUUAACGAUGCUGUCAAUGGGUUUGCGGAUGACGGUUGGUCACUUAUGGGUAGUGACGGUGUGGAGGAUGUGACAAUUACCAUUAACUCAUCGCCAAACAAGUUUCUUGGUUCCCAGUAUAACGCAUCAAUUUUCCCCACUUUUGGAGGAGGGGUGCUGUGUGCUAAGGCAUCAAUGCUGUUGCAGAGUGUUCCCCCGGCUUUGCUUGUUCGUUUUCUGAGGGAGCAUCGCUCAGAAUGGGCUGAUUAUGGGGUUGAUGCAUACUCUGCUGCAUGUCUUAAAGCUAGCCCAUAUGCAGUUCCUUGUGCAAGGCCAGGCGGCUUCCCGAGCAGCCAGGUUAUCUUACCUCUUGCACAAACUGUGGAGAAUGAGGAGUUUCUAGAGGUAGUUCGCCUAGAGGGUCAUGCUUUCUCUCCUGAGGAUGUUGCUUUGGCGCGGGAUAUGUACUUAUUACAGUUGUGCAGUGGAGUUGAUGAAAAUGCAGUGGGUUCCUGUGCUCAGCUUGUCUUUGCACCUAUUGAUGAAUCGUUUGCUGAUGAUGCUCCUCUGUUACCAUCUGGUUUUCAUGUCAUACCAUUGGAUCCCAAAACAGAUGGACCUACUGCAAAUCGCACAUUGGAUUUGGCCUCUACGCUUGAAGUAGGACCGAGUGGUUCUCGUCCUGUUAAUGAGGCUGAUGGCAAUAGUUACAACCUUAGGUCUGUGCUAACCAUUGCCUUCCAAUUCACCUUUGAGAACCAUUUGCGAGACAAUGUGGCUGCUAUGGCUCGACAGUAUGUGCGUAGUGUUGUAAGCUCUGUUCAAAGGGUAGCUAUGGCUAUUGCCCCUUCCCGGCUCAGCUCCCAAAUGGUACCAAAACCCCUUCCUGGAUCUCCUGAGGCUCAUACUUUGGCACGAUGGAUUUGCAGAAGCUACAGGAUCCACACUGGAGCAGAGCUCUUUCGAGUCGACUCCCCAUCUGGGGAUGCUGUUUUGAAGCAACUUUGGCACCAUUCAGAUGCAAUCAUGUGCUGCUCUGUGAAAACGAAUGCAUCUCCAGUGUUCACCUUUGCCAACCAGGCUGGACUUGACAUGCUUGAAACUACUCUUGUGGCCCUCCAGGAUAUCAUGCUUGACAAGAUUCUAGAUGAAGCUGGACGGAAAAUUCUCUGCUCGGAGUUCUCCAAAAUCAUGCAGCAGGGGUUCGCGUAUCUGCCAGCAGGAUUAUGUGCCUCCAGCAUGGGUAGGCCAGUGUCCUAUGAUCAAGCUGUUGCAUGGAAAGUUGUUAAUGACGAUGAUUCGAAUCACUGCCUGGCAUUCAUGUUCAUGAGCUGGUCCUUUGUGUGAUGGGGAUAAUAGAUUCUCAAAAACACCUUAGCUAUCUAUUAAGUUAUGUAGUUGCUAUAAAGAGCACGUUUAGACAUUUUGAAGUCACAGUAGCCAAUAGCAGGAGCUCAUGGAGACUCAGUAUGUAUGUUUAUAUUUUGGCUGAAUGGAUAUAUCUGUAUGGUUACGGUUAUGUUGUCUACUUCAACAUGUCAGAAUGGUUUCUGCAUUUGGUUGAAAUUUCAUCCAACUCACGUUGGGUUGGCCUAAGUUGGGUCAUAAUC